AGGCUCUUCGCGCGUCCCCGGGCGAGGCGAGGCGCGCGCGCGCGCGGCGCCAUGGCUCGGUCGCCCGGAUGAUCACGUUCUUGCCGCUGCCCGACUUCGCUGCGGUCGCGAGGCUCUUGGACGACCGGCGCCUGGGCUCGCAGCGGGUCGAGGCACGCUUCAUCCUCCGCUGCGUCCGCAACGCCGGUGGAAGGUAUGCGCGCUUCCAGAAUACGGGCUACGUGCGGAUGUGGGUGGGCCACGAGGACGCGCUGGCGGUGUAUUACAACACCGUGAGUGAGGAGUGGCUCCGGCGCGGCUUCCGGGAGGGCGUGUCCAAGGCCGAAAGCACGUCGCCGGGCUCGGCCAGGCGGACGUGCCCACCCCCGGGUGGCUGGGCGACGACCGGCUGCACCGCACCCACAGGGCGGCGCUGCUGCUCAAGGACCCCGCACACUACGGCGGCUUGGGCUGGACGGAGCCUCCUGAGGCUAUCCCUCGCCGACCAGGUCCAGUACCUCUGGCCGCGGCGCCGCGCGGACGGCGCCUGGGAGCUCCUGCCGCCCGCCGCGGGCGCCAGCCGGCCCUCCGCCCGGCGGCGCGCCGAGGCCCGCGCCGUGCCGAGGCCGCACUGGCUGGCGAAGCCGGCGCGGCGCAGCGCGGGCCCGAGCGGCGGCCGCGGCGGCAGGAGGAAGGCCCAGGUUCUGCCCCGGGCCUCCCGGCACUUCGCGGGGCCUGCGGGCCCGGCCGGCGCGGAGGCUCUGCAGGAGGCAGCCGCGGGAGGGGCGGCGGCUGCCCGCACGGGCGCCUCGGCGGAGCGGCGCCUGUGGCGCGUCGCCCUGCGGGCUCGGCCGGAGGGGCCGAUCGACGUGUGACGCGCCGGGGCGGAGGCGCAGAGAGGCGGAAGCCUGGCGUACUUCUCACCGCCGCCGGGUGAAGAAGGAUCGCUGUUAUUCCCCACCGUGUGGUGCUCAGCCUGUUCUUCAUUCGAAGUGCCCCCCUCCCUGGCUCUCGCACAGUGCUGUGGCGCGGUGGCGCGCAUUUUUCAUUCGUGCGUCAACGCCCGUGGUGCAUCCACCAAGGCGCGUCGCUCGGCACAUGCACAUCCAUCACAUCAAAGUUCGUUGUCAGCAGUGCCUUUUCUCUGCAGCGAGCCCAGGGGAAGCGAGAAGGAGCAGGCCUUCUCAGCUGUCGGUGGGCU